UGGCAAGAGAGGCGAGUUUUUCGUAUUUAUUUUUAGAUCAGUCUGUUAGUCUCUUUUUGUUCGUCUUCUUCCACAGUCGAUCGCGCGACUUGCUUAGACACUUUUUUUUAAAAAAAAUAUUUAUAAUGAAAUGAUAAUUGAAUACGGCAAAAAUGUUGAAAUUAUUUUGUUUUGUGAUUUUUUUCGGGGAAGUACUCUCGGUUCAUGACGCAUUACUGGAUUUAAAAAAAUGCUGUCUUAAAGGUCGUUUUGAUCCAAAUACGCAAAAAUGUAUCACAAAUGACGAGAGAAACUAUCCUCCGGCAAUUUUGUGUCGCGAAUUGGUGUCGGAAAAAGAGUUUUCCGAAGAAGAUAUGAAGGAAGCAGGACAUGUUUGUGUUGCCGAUGUCUUGGAAUCUGAAACAGGGCGACUUGUGAAGGAACAUUUCGUUUGUGAUGAGUUCGAAAAGUGUUGCACAAGCGGAAAAUUCGAUCAACGAAGGAAAAUGUGUGUAGAUCCAACGACGUCAGCGCGAUAUACGUUCUCGUUGUAUUGCAGAAAAUUUGUGCCAGAUGAGGAAGUAGCAGCGGCAGCACUGUUUACUUCAAAUAAUGCUUCUAGCGAUGUUUGUGUGGAAAAAAUUGCUGAUGUUGAGACAACGACAGAAGCGUACCUGACUUGUGAGAAAAUCAACUACGAACUUGCUCUCACCUUUGAAACGUGGCUUUAUCCGUUCUCGAUUGCCUUUCUUUUGCUCACCCUUUACUAUUACGUCACGGAAUUGAAAGACUUGCGAUCGGCACAAGAUAUCGCCUUCAUGUUUGCGGUAGCGUGUCUUGCAGCUCAUAUGAUUCUGCAUAUGGCACGGUACAGCAAAAGUAUUGCGUGGGUUACAUUGGUUUACAAUUACGCUGGACGAUACUUUAAGACGGCGUACUUUUCGUGGUUUAACGUCAUGGUGCUAAGUCGACUUUUUGAGAAUCGGAAUUUAGCCAACAACAACUACUUCGAAAACAAUAUUCGACCAUUUUGGCGCCAUUUGUACGCUUGGAGCGUCCCGAUGCUUUUUAUCAUAAUUUACAUCUGCUACCCUCGAAUGAAUUGGCAUAUCCCCAUUUUGUGUCUAUGGAUCGUUAACGUCAUCCUGCUACUUGCAGCUAUCGCAGCAGUUGAAUAUGACAGAACCAAUUUUGAAAAACUGAUUUGGGAGCGAAAUCAUUACCGAACGUGGUUAUUGGUGCGACUCUUUAUGGGCGCCGGCGUCUUGUGGGUUUUUGGCGCCAAAUAUCGAAUUCCAAUUUUCACGUCACUUUUCGCGCUUCAAGGCAUUCUCGUAUUUUUGAUAAUGGUUAUUUAUCGAUACAGUGCGAAACGAAUGCUGGGAGGCGUGAAAUGCUUCUGCUUUACAUUUCCGAAAAAGUGGAAACAGAUUCCAAGGAUUGAUGAGGAUAAUGUCGCGUCAGAUGUGACGUGUAAUAAUACGAAGGAUGAUGAUAGUUAUGUGUUAAGAAUACCGUUAGAUAUUUAGAAAAGUAGUGAAAAUGAAUCCUCAUUAAAUUUUAAGGAAAGUUUAGUUUUAAGACUUGUGUGCCAAAUAUAUGAUUAUUUUCUAACGUUCAGUAAGAUAUUGUUGAAAGUACAAUUUAUGUGAAAUAUGAAUCAAUGUAUCAAUAAAGCAAUAGGUAAUCUCGAUGAUUUA